AUGGAAGAGCUUGCUGGCGAGAAUUCUGCCGAGGGGUCGAAGCAGACAUGGUGCGGCUUUCUCUUCAAGGAGAUCGCAUCAGACGAUGUGGAUGGCUUUCCACUGCCUCACGGGUGUUACUUGCAGCGUGCGACUGCAGACUCAUGGGCUGUUGGCCUGGUGUUUCGCCGUGGUGUCAUGUUGAAGCCGCAGCAGUACCACAUGGUUCUGAACGGCGUGAUCGGGCAAUUGGCGCAGAAAGGGGAUGAAGUACUUCGAAUACUUGUUAUGGACAAUCUGGAGCACAAACCUUUCCAUGUGGCCGAGCGUGGCCGCUGCCGUCUACAGAGCAGCCCUCAGGAGCCAGCAGCAGCUGCUGGUGAACCAGACUUGCAAAACUGUCCCAUCCUUGGGGGUACAAACGGAAUUCUGGAUUUGGGAUCUGGGCUCGCUACGUUGCGCUUGCAGCCGCAAGCGAGCAGUGCGCUUCGAGCAAUUUCAGCUUCCAGUCAUCUGAGACUCUUCCUGUGGCCCCUCAUGGGAUGGCACCUCCGAACGGGCGAGUGCAAUGCCAAGUGCAUUGAUCACACUGGCUUCUGUGGCCUCGCGGAGAUGUCUUGCAGCAGUUUUGCGGUAAGCACGACGUGGACUCGACCCAAUGCCGUAAAGAUGACGCUGCCGAGUGAUUUGGCCGACAUUUACGGGGCCAUCCAGAACAUCUUUGAGAUCUCCAACCUGGCGCCACCGGCAGGAGGGCUGUUCGCGGGACGCUGCGGAAUACAGAUCAGCUUACCCAGUGAUGUGGCUCCGACCUACAGUGCUUCUUCUGGUGACUUCAUUUACAGGAGCCCCACCGCCGUGGCUGGUUUGCUCAGCACCGCUGGAAACGAACGGCCUUUCCAAGCGCAAGAAAGCAAUACCCUCUACGUGAAACUACGAUUAGGAGCAACUUUGCUGAGCGAGUUCGCCGACUUCGCCGCGACACUGGAAAUUCAGACCCCCACGGGCUACAGAUGCUCUGCAGCAGAGGUUCCGGAAGCGAUCGAGGCCCUCGUCGAUCAAGGAAGCCUACUAGGCAGUCUCCAGGAAGAUGGUUGGAGCAGCGGAUCACGGAGCUGUUUCUUCAACCUUCGUGCCGGAUUCGCGAUUUUUGCGGGCACCUCCUUCAUGGUCCGGCUUAGAGUUAGGAACCCCGCAAGCCCCCUUCCGGGCGAUGAUCCGAUGAACGUUUGGCAUCUCGGUCUCGAAUCCAUGGGCUCCUCGCCUUUUACCCGACGCAGCAAAAACGUCUCCGAUGCAUUCCAAGUAUCUGAGCAGCUGUUUGGGGAAAACUACACAGCCUCUGUUGCCGUUCUGGGCCGUCUAGCGGAUGUCUCGCUGCAACCGCAGAGCUAUCAGCCAACGCUGCCCUCUUUGCUGCAAGGUGAUGCUUCCCUCGCUGGCACCAUACUCCAAGUUUUCUUCAGAACGGCACAGAUGCUCCCUGCAGGUGGCACGGUUGUGCUCCAGGCUCCUCCUGAUUUCGAUUUCGGUAUCGCCUGUGAUGUCUCGGACCUCCCCUUGGGCGGCCACUACUAUUCGAAAGGCAGGGCUGGAGAGGUGACACGGCGCCUUCCGUUUCUGAGCUGCGCCGGGGCCCGGCAGAGUGAGGCCUUCGGCGGCUUUGAUGCGGCUCGGGUGAGUUUGGAAGAGCGCCUUUUCGGCGGGCAAGCAUACGGAUGGCAGAUUCGGGUGGUUCCGCCGAGAAUCGUCGGCUUCGCGGCUUCAAACGCUGACUGGUCACUCUUUACAGAAGCGGCUGCAGGGAGGAUGGAUGGCAGUGUCGCCAUAUCCUCUGCAAAUGGUGGCUCCUACCAGCUCUACUACCGAGAAGUAGCUUCAAUUCAAGUUCACAUCUCUGACCUGAAGCCUCGCGAGUUGACCGGAAAGGAAGCAGUACUGCACCUGCUCUUCCGCCUCGGCGGAAUUCAUCUCAGCAGCGUCUUGCGAUUGACGGUGCCCGUUGGUUUCAUCUUCAACUUCCCUGACACGAGCUUCAUCUCAUCCGCGGGAAACGCUUCUCUCACGUCGCUCGAGGAGGCGCUUCAGGUACCAGGCGCCAGUGUGGACUGGCCAGCAGGACUUCCUCAGCAACACCUUAAUGUUCUGACUUGGUCAAGUGCCUUCUACAAUCCGCUGGAAACGUACGGUUUCCUGGCACCUGUGGCCGUUCCGUCAAGAAGCUCGACUCAGUCCAGCCAUUCCUUCGUUUUGGAAGUUGGUUACGAUGAAGAGGCAAUGGCUGCAAGCUGGGAACUCCUCCGCACAACUGGAUGUGCCUUCCAUUGUCAAGCAGCAUCUUCGGAAUUGCCAUUUCAGUACUCUCAGUCACUUGCCGACGCAAGUGCAUUGCAGCAGCUUCGCGAUAUCUGCCGUGAAGCUUGUCUGCUUCGACAUGGCUGUGCUGAGAUCGAGAUCGUUUUUACAAGCUCCGAUGCUUCGUGUUCCCUCUGCUCCUACUUGUCGUGUCAACAUGUCGAGAGAUUCGAUGCCGAGCUCCAUGUGCUUUUGUCCUUGACUCGCCCUGCCGCCUCCGUACGACCUGCUCCGCUUGUUCGUGCGCUUUUGGAUGGCGAGGUGUCCUUUCGCACUCAGCGUGUGGCAGCAGUGAGCGUGGUGCGAUUUCGAAUCCGACUGGUCACAACUGUGCCAGCUCCACGAGGGGCAUUGCUCAUUCAAGGCCCAGAGGGCUUCUUCUUCUCGGAGCAGUGCCAGCCGGUGGAUGUCCCUCCUGAGACCGUUGACCGGUUUGCUCUUCGAAGCAUGGGCGAUGGAGGCAUUGGGUGUACCUUCUUCCGCCAAAGCGGCGUCCCGCGCAUCCAGCUGCAGCCGGGCAGCUCCAGCCUCCAGGCCGGCCUCUACGUCUUCGAGCUCCCGGUGCAGAACCCGCAUGGCCUUUGCGAGACUGAGGAGAUGAACGCGCAGUGUGGAUCUCUGCAGUGCUGGUCCUUCACGACUGUGGAGGAUGCUUCUGCCAGCAUCCUCCACGAGCUAGACCAACGCCUUGUCGUCGCUUCUCCUCCUCUUUUGGAGAAGAUGGCGCUUGCUGGAUUGCAGGAGGUAUCGGUUGUGCAGAGAGUCGCGAGCGAUCGAAAUGAUCAGCCUGGAGCUGUGAACAACCUGAUCUUCUUCUUCGCCCUCUCAGUACAGCUUGUCCAGAGCACAGCAAACCUCCGAUUGACAGCUCCAGACGGUUUCGUCUUCUCUGAUGACUGUUCAGAAGGUUUCGUUGUGUCCGAAGAUGUUUUCGGAAGUGGGCAAACAUUUCCCAAUGGCUUUCAUGCACUGCCUGCCGGGUCGACCGCGCAGUGCAUCGGCAGAGGAGAGGUUGCAGAAGCGACCCUUGCGCCAGCCCUGCUCGCCGCCAACACCAAGUACGCCUUCCGAAUUCGAGUGACGAAUCCACCGGUGCCGCCAACCUUGAACCCUACCUGGAGUUUCACCUUGGCAAAUGAAGCAAGUGAGCUCUUCGAAUCCUUCCCACUCUGGCAGAUCCAGGGACUCUUUACUCCAAUAGCAGUGCCCGCUUCCAGCGUCGAUGCUCAGGCCUACCAGUCAUGUUUGUUUGAACCAGCGAGCUCUCUGCAAACGCCGCCAGUGCGGGUGCGAUUCCAGCCGCGAAGCGCUUUCCAAGAGUUGCAGCUAGAGGCUCCCCAAGGCUGGACAUUGCUUCCCGAGCUGUACUGCUCUUUUGGACUCGAUGGAUGGGCCGUUCGCUUCGAUGGUUCGAAGGGUGGCAACACGACCUGCGCGGCGACCGGUGGGCAGCUGGUGGUACGCGUUGCCAGCACAGAAGACUCCUGGGCCGGAGUCUCCUUCUACGAGCUCUGGGUCGCAGCAGAGCCUCCGCCCGUCCCCCGCGACGCGGCAGUAUGGCGCCUCCAAACCUUCCGGUUGGAUGUGCCAGCAGAUGCAGAAGUUAUCAGCAAGCUCAUCUACGACGUGGGGCAAAUUUCCGGAGUUCGUGUUUAUCAACGCAUGGCGAGCUGGGCGGUCAUCAACAGAGGAAACGAGUACCUGGGCGAUACAGUACUGGACUUGACACUCGUCGUUGGUUUUGCCAGUCCCAUCGUCGCAGAUGAUGAGCUGGUAAUCACUGCUCCAAGUGGCUUCAACCUGGCGGCAACUCCGAUUUCUGGCGAGUGUCUGCAAGCUCAAGUUAUCGCUGGCGAUAUGACAGAUCCAAGUACGUGCGGCCGAGAUGCACGAAGUCCAUUGACGCUGGCGAACCAAAGUGCUUUCUGUUCGGGGCGCAGUUUGCACUUGCGGAUCAACUCCUCAUGGGUGGAAUCUCUCGGAGACUCUGUCCAGGUGAUGCUUCAGGCGGUCAGCGCAUCCCUAGCGCCAGCUGAGGAGGAAAACUUCUGGUCGGCAUCUCUGUGGCGGAACGGCUCGAUAGUAGAAGGUAGCGAUCUAAUGUCUUGGCGCGUCGUGCCGCAAGUGCAGCAGCCUUUUCUGGAGCCCCUGGUGGGCGCCAGGCAAGCCGCAGGGGCAUAUCCUGUCCAGCUUCAGUUCUCCUUUGUGAUCCGAGCUGCCGCAGCUCGAUGGUGCCUCAAGGCUUUGCAGCCGGCAGCUUUCAACUUCUCUGCUACAAGGCUGCUUUCCGCAAGAGAGGAAAGCAUACUCCCAGAUGACACAGGUGUGCAGCUGGCAUUGCAUGGCGUGAAUCUUCUCACCUCCGUUGCUGGAGAAGUGGGCAGUUUUGCUUCUAUGCGACCAGACAGGAGGUACGUCUUCUUGUUGGCGAAUGUGGGAUUGCCUUCGGUCGCCGGUACUGUCCACUUCGAGGCCCACACUUAUGAUUUAUCUGGUGCCUUGAGCAACAGCGGCAAGGCAGUGGAAGCUUUCACUGUGCUGGGGAAGGUGGAGGUGGCAGAUCUUCAGGUCUUUCCCUGGCUGCAAGACACAGUCCACGAGGCAGCAAGAGUGCUUCUUGACCGCUUACCUCCACGACCGGGAGACCAGGCUUUGGUUCACCUCAGCUUGUGGCUCCGUGCCAUCCCCGGGGAACAUCUUCGAGUUUCAGCUGGAGAUCUGCUUUUGCAGGAGAUGGUCUUAAAAGAUGCUCAGUCCAACAACCAGCUAAGGCCGUCUACGGUAGUGCCUGCUGCCGUUGGCAGCACACUCGUCGCGGAGUUUUUGGGGAAUGUGAAUGAAAUGAAGCACGAGCUGGAGGUUCAACUCGCUCUUCCCGCAGAAAUCUCAGGCGGAGCUGGUGCCGCUCCGAUCUGGCGAAUCGAAGUCUUGGAAGCAGACUGGGACACUGCGAAUCGCAGUAACAUCGUUUUGAGCACAAAUGAUGGCGACUUCUCUCCAGCACUGUUGCUGUCCUAUGCCUUCGCAGUGUCAAUCUCUCCGGUGGCAGUGGCUCCGAAUUCGGAGGUUGUCCUGAGUGUCAGCAUCGACCCUAGCGAUGCGCAGAUCACGCAUGUAGAUCUGUUGGCACCACGUGGAGUCACAUUCCCGACGAAUUGUUUGGCGGCAUCCAGUCGCAGCGUCCUCAGCUGCUCCGCAGCGCAGUACGAUGCUGAAAGAAUGCAGCUGACGCUGACGCUGACGGUAGCAGCCACCGUCGAACGAUCUGUAAUGGAUGUUUCCAUCAAGGCGCAGAACCCUGCAAGCACCGAUCCCGACGAAUGGAACCGGUGGCUUGCAAUCGGGCGUUCUGGAGAAGCGGAGGUGGGCUGGGCAGAGAGCGAUUCAGAUUAUGGAGUCGCCUCGAUGGUCGCAUCAUUGGAUUACCCGUCGCAGUCUGGAAAUCUAACAGUCCUGCUCGCCGUGGAGGUCUCCUCACGCGCCGUUGCAGAUCUUCAAGCGUCUGGUGCUGGGGCAUUGCUUGAAUUGCGGUACCGCGGCAACUCCGGGGCCACUACUUCCAGUUCCGUGGGGAACGAAGCUGGCUCAAACCAAACUCCGUCGGACAUGGCAGAACAAGUACAGUUUCGUUGUGAUCUGGGUGAUCCACCAGAGGAUGGUGGAUGGAGACAGGAAGGCGUGUUUUGGUAUCGGGUGGGUGGCUGGAGUCCAGUCGAGCUCUCACCUGCAGCAGCUGUUACCAUGCAGCCUUGCAGCGCGCCUGGAUCAUCAAGAGUCGUGUUUGAGAUUGCGGACUUGACACCUGGCGUCCUCUCGAUGACCAUCGAGGCCGUCCUGUCGCUUUCCGAUAGCGCCAGCUUGGACACCAAUGCAGUCGCUCGCUGGGACGUGACCUUGUCGGCUUCUGGCGGAAACAUCGUUGACAUGUACCCAGGCCUCGAGGCAGAGGGCUGGUGGAGCAGAGCCUGGGCCCUCCGGCCCUUGCUCCUUUCCUGGGAGGGUACGAGUUCUGCAGGUGCCCAGGUCCCUGUACACGUAUUGUUUCGAAAGCAAGAUGGAUAUGCUCCGGAGAUGAUCUGUCUUGCUUCUCCGUCCAAGUUUGGAGGAGGAGCAGACUCGGAUGCGGGCUUCACCAUGUCGACUCUAAGUGGAGGCACGAUGAGUGAAACCUUGGGGCUCUUGCCCGAUGGUUGGGCAUGGAUUACGGAAGCGGAGGCCCCACAAGAAUUGAGCCUGGUGACAGACGCAGCAAACAUCACAAACUCACCUGCUGGAACUCGCUUUUCGUUUACUGUCUUGGUGUCCUUGCCAGAUGAGAGCAAGAACUGGCCUGUUGACAAGCUUUGGCAUCUGCACUUCUGCCGUCCGACGUGCGGCAACUCCUCCAGUGGUCAGGCGGACACCUUUUUCCUGGCAGGCUUCUUGCAGGGCGAGACGUAUCCGGGCUGGGAGCCUGUGCAGACCAAUGGCAAGCUUGAAGGCGCUGCAUGCGAAAGCGUGGAUAAUGAAUGGAACAAAAAGGAGCAAAGCUAUGGUGGCUGGCACAAGCAGCAAUCCUCUGGCUGGCAACAACCGGAGCAACGACAGCAUGGCGGCUACAAGCCACGCGACUCAUGGCAGAAUGGACAGAGCUGGGAAGAGGGCAAGCCCAAGUUUCCGUCUUACUCCAUGAUGAAGGUGGAACAGGCCCCGGCGAAGGACAAUGGCAAGCCCGACGACGACCUGCCAAUCCGGCCAGGGGAGUUUGUUCGUGGUAUCCAGCGAUUUGUCACGGUGGCUCGCAAAGCGGAGAUACGGGUUCGCAAAGCCCAAGAGGAGAGGGAAGCGAUCUUGGGCAGAUGGGACAAGUUCCAGAACGAGUUGCAGGCGGCAUUCGUGAAAGAGCGAGAGCUCUUCAAGAAGGACCUGCAACGAAACCAGGAGGAGCUGAACAAGUUGGACGAGGCUCAGAGAGGUGCCUUCGAAGACCUCCAAAAGGCCUUCUGCAGCCCGGCUACCCUGAAGAGCAAGCCAGCUGCACAGCCCAAUCAGGAAGCUUUACAGGAGUGGCAAAGCCUCCUGGAAGCCUGCGAAGAGGAACCGGAUGUCGAGAUGACGGCGGCGAUGGCGGAGGCGCUUGGAGCCCACCUCAAGGACUACCUCGAGACGAAGACACCGGCCCGCCGCCGAACACCGAGGAUGGAGACAAUGACACUGCCAAGGCCCACGUCCAGCCAAGCUGGGACGAAGAGUUCCAGGGCAUGGGAUGCUUUCAUGGAGGCAGCGAGUGGCUUCACUCGACGACACAAGGAGGCAGAGGAGGACAAUGGCACGGACUCCUUCGAGGCCACGAUCCAAGUCACAGCGAACCCCUAUCAAGCUGCUGGGCAGAAGGUGGAUGGGGGCGACAUCUCCGACGAGGAAGACGACGAGGUGAUGGUUGGAGCCCUCGGGCGGAAGGAGGUUGCAUUUGAAGUGGAGACCACCUGUGGCGAACAAGCUAUGCCAUAUGAUGUUGUGAGAUGGCCGGUGCUAACUCCAGCUGGCACGGCCCCUUGGGAGGCCACGUCCGAGAUUGGAGCAGCCAUUGGUCUGGGAAGGGCCGUCAUGCGGAGUGGCCCGGACUACGAAGUCAUCUUCUGGGCAGGCGAGGCGGGAAGCUCCCACCUCGUGGCCUUCUUUAGUACCCUCCUUGCGGUCUUCACCAUUGCCCUGGUGCUUGUCGCGAUUGGCAAGCUACCAAUUGGCAAGGGAGUGUGCCCAACUCCCCGACCUGGUCCUAUUCCAAACAGGAUACUCCAGGUCUUCCUGCUGUUUGCGGUGUCUUAUCAGGCACAGGCGGUCCGGAAUCCGCCGCGGUGUCGGAGCGGGUCUGCAGUACCCAUGCCGACAGAUCUUGAACUAUGGUCGGCCGGACAACGAACCCUACGAGAGCAACUCAUCGAAGCAGGCUGUCGGCAUCUUUACGAUCAGCCGCUCCAACGCAGCCCUGGUAAGGCCCCCCCGCCGCGUUUUGCAGUCCCUGUGGCGACUGAGCAGAUUGAUGACUUGCAGCCUACGAUGGAGGAGGAAGGUGUUCAUGUCACGAUUUGGGUGGCGGCCCCCUUCUACGAGUCGGAGGUCAUCGAUGUUCUACUCCCUCAGCCCUUGACUCAAAACAUGAUGAUUGAGGCCAUCAAAGGAUCAACGGCGGUGAUGCCGGACUCUUUUGACCAGUUUUAUGCAACAACACCUCAGAUUGGGGAUCAUUAUGCAAGCUUCAUUGCUUGCCCGCCGUGGCUGGGAGAAACCAGCAAGACUAUGCUGGUCAUGGAUGCGAGAGAGAUCGGUGGGACGGUCUUCGCUUUUUAUGUAGAUGAUGAGAUCAGCCUGCAGACGGUGAAGAAUAACCUGUUGGAGUUUGAGGCCAGUCAACCGGACGUGUACCUUUUUGGGCACCACAGGCCCCUUCAGCCGGGACAACUUGCUCGUCCGAUUACAGCUGGUGUUGUGAAGGUGGUCCCAAGGGGAGCAAUUUGCCGUUGGUCUGAUGAAUUAACGACCCGACUCAGGCAAGUUGACAGAUGGCUGCCGAACUUGGACCCCCCGGGAGCUAGAGAUGGCCUGUUUGAGGUUUUUCAAUCGACAGAUGACCAGGUCAUCGAGGACCUCAUCGAAGAUGACGAGAGACCGAUCGAACAAGCCGCCGCAGAAAUGCUCAUGGUGGACUACCCGUGUGUUGUCUACCUGCCUGAGGAGAGAAUUGCCAAGCUUGCCCAUGAAGGCCGCCGUAUCUGGGAGAUUUAUGCGGUCUUGAAUGUCAACGAGCUCUCCGGGGAGGACACUUUUGUCAUCUUUCUGGACCUUCAGCAGCUAGGUCUGUUCCCACAAUGGGCACAGCUGACCACAGCUGACUUUGACCCAAGGGAGUAUGUCAGCGGCCUCCAGCUGCAAGGCAUCCAGGAUUGGGUUAUCACGGUUAUUGGCGGUCAGCCACAACGAAAUGGCAAACUCGUUGUCAAGAACUGCGAGACCCUUGUCAUCACCCUCCAGCCGCCAGAGGAGACGUCGAAUGAGAAUGACUCUGGUGAUGAAGAGAGCGAUGAUGACGAUAGUGACUCAGGGGAUGAUAGCUCGAGGGUCUCUCUCAAUUCUGGCAGUGACGAGACAGUCAUCAAUGAGGGCCCCCCGCGCGGACCCCCACCACCACGAUCAGUGCAGCGAAGCCGAUCACCACGGCGAGAUCCCAGGGACAAUGAUGGUGUUUACCAGAGAGCGAGUUCUUCGUCUCCCUGGCAAGUACCUCUUGCGGAACUCCUCCCUCCCCCGAGGUUUGACAUCGACUGUGAAACCAUACCGCUACAACAUGGUGCUGAAGAGGUGUCCCAAAUCGUUGCAGUCUGGCCCCCUGACUGGAUGCAGGCCAGUCUUGACGACAUUGACUUCAAGCCUGUCGCCAGACAAGCACUGGCAGCCCUGGUACAUUGGACGACCAUUUUGUGUGGAACUGCCCAGCUUAGCAACCUGGCGGUGCAUAUCUACACGGAUGGUUCAUAUGCAGAGGAGCAAGGAAUCAGUGGAGCUGCUGCACUGAUGCUUCUUAGAGAUGACAGCAACCGAACGGCGUGGCUUGGUGGCUGUGGAACAAAAAUCCUAGGAGACCCGGACUCCUUGUGGACUGGAUCAUACCCACCAGCCCUCUAUGCCGAGCAGGUGGCCAUUGUCCUGGCGUUGCUUUGGAUUGGUCAGGCCCUGCAUUUUAUGCCGAUUGGUGAGGUUGUGGUGCACUUUGACUGCCAAGCGGCGGGUUGGAGUGCAGAUGGAUCAUGGGCCCCGUGCAACAGCUUUGCAACCAAAGUUCACGAGCUUGAGCUCUUCAUUCGAUCUCUGUUGGCGGGAAGAUUGACCUUUCAACAUGUCAAGGCCCAUGAGGGUGAUGCUUGGAACGAGGCGGCAGAUGUGAUGGCCAAGACCGUCAUUGGCUGGCGACGACAGUGUGGCCUGGAGGAGGAGGAGUCCUGCGCAUCAAACAUGGAAGAGCUCGUGCCGACUGUGGCCAACACCACCACUAGCGACAAGGCGGUGGUACGGGUCAAUGUUCUGUCGGUCAAUCUGCAGGGCAUGAAGGGCAAGCAUGCCUAUGUGGAGCAGCAGCUGGAAUGGAAGGGAAUCCAGAUUGCCUUUUUUCAGGAGACGAAGGAUGCCGAGGGCACUGUCUCAUCAAGACGAUUCCUGAGGCUGGCUUCGCCUUCCCAGGCCCACUGGGGAACUGCGAUCUGGUUUAGCAAAACACUUGGUGCUUUCGAGGUGGAGGGAAAGAGGAUGAUCAUUGAGGAAGCCGACCUGGUGAUUGUCCAAAGUACCCCGCGACUCCUCCUCGUAUCCAUUGAUAAGGAUGGUCUUAAGUGCUUGCUAUUUUCGGGCCACUGUCCGCACGAAGCCCGCGCCGAAGAACGACAGCAGUUCCUUUCUGAGUUGGCAAGACGACUACGACAGCUGCCACCUCAUGACCUGGUGAUUGGUGGCAUCGAUGCCAAUGCGAGGCCGCCCCUCGCCUAUGCGGAGGUAACCGGCACCAGACCCUUCAGCCAACCAGAUUUUGCCGGCCAAGAGUUUGCUGCGACACUUCAUGAUUGCAAUCUCUGGCUGCCUGCCACCUUCCAUGACUACCAUCACGGUAUCGAUGCCACCUACCAGCACCCGAAUGGUCAAGAGCAUCGUAUUGACUUUAUCGCACUAGGUGGUCGUGCUCCGGCCAAUCAGGUUGAGUCUCGGGUUGCCCUUGACUUUGAUACGGCCAACAAGCUCGAGGACCACAAAGCGGUUGAGCUCACACUUGCUUUCACAGUCGGAGGCCUACAUGGUGAACGGAAGUUAUACCGGCCCCGUUUCGACCGGCAACGAAUGCGAUCCCGGGAAGGGCAGGCGAUUAUCCGCGAGGCUAUGAUCAGCUACCAGGCACCACAAUGGUCUGUGGAUGUGGAUAGGCACUGCCAGCACUUGCAGGAUUACCUCCUGCGACUGAUGGAGGACAACUUCCGGGUGCCCUCGGGAGGAUUCCGAGCAACCUACAUCAGUCCAGAGGUUUGGUCCUGGAGGGAAGCCAAGCUUAAGCUCAAGGAGCUUGCUGGUCAUCGGCGAAGAAUGUGGCCUACUGCUGUUGCAGAGGCCUUUUCGUGGUGGGCAGGAUCCUCUGAUGCCUGGUCCCCACGAGCUGUCCUUAAACAGGAGCUACUGUAUGAUAUGGUGGCGGCGGCGAUCACCUUCGCCACUGAUCGCAUCAAGCGGCGAAUCUACAAGGACAAGCAAACUUUCUUAGAAAAGUUGGCACAUGAUGGUCUCUCCAGCACAGCCCAGAUCUUGCAGCGCUUGCGACAGCAUGGUAUUGGAGGGCGGAAGAACAAGGCGCAGAAAAAGCCGCUCCCCAAGUUGUGCCGCCAGGAUGGAGGGCUGGCUGCUAACCGAACUCAGCAUGAUGACGUUUGGUUGAAGCAUUUUGGAGACCAAGAAUAUGGUCAAAACUACCUGAAACAAGCAGGUAACUUGAGUGGGGACCCGGCUGAGGUCCCAUGGACGAAUGCGGAUGUGCCAACCAGGGCGGAGGUUGAGCAGAUUCUUCGGGCUACCCCACUUGGCAAAUCCCCUGGCUUGGACAACAUCCCAGGAGAACUACUUCGAGCGGCCCCUGUUGAGAUGUCGGCGGCGGUCCACCCGUUGUAUGUCAAGUCGCUCCUCACAUUGUGUCAACCCCUCCAGUGGAGGGGGGGCAUUUUGUUCUCGGCCUGGAAAAGGGCUGGACCAAUUGAAUUGCCAGAGAACUCCAGGUCGCUUUUUGUGAGCACCACCUUGGGAAAAGCUUACCAUAAGCUGAUCCGUGGUCGUGGACAGGGAGCCCUACAAAGUGUUUUGCACGGCUUACAUCUUGGAAGCCAACGAGGAGCACCGAUUGGUUUUGCCUCGAUGUACCUGCUUAGCUUUCUGAGACAUGCACAAGCUCGUCACCACAGUUGUGCUGCUCUCUUCAUUGACACCAGGGCAGCCUACUAUCGGGCGGUGAGGCAGGUUGCCAUCGGGACCCUCCAGGCCGACGAGGAUGUGGCGAGGCUCCUUUCCUACUUUGGCCUCGGACCAGACGAUAUGCACCAUUUGCUGCGUAUUGUCCAGGAGGGUGGUCUGAUGAAAGAGGCUGGAAUCAAGGAGAGUGUGCAAGCAGCCUGUGCAGACUUCCAUCGUGGCACAUGGUUUGUGAGUAGUUAUGCUACUGGACACAAGCUUGCUACCACCACAACUGGGUCAAGGCCUGGAGAAAGUUGGGCGGAUGCGAUAUUUGCCUACAUCUAUGCACGGGCCAUGGGCACCUUGGUGGAAAGAGCUGAUGGGGAGAGCUUGUUGUCGUACAUUGAGCACAAUCCUGACAAUGGCAUUUUCAGUGGGCCUGCUGGCAAAGUUGCGUCGAUUGCCCGGGCGUGGGCAGAUGACUCCGUGCUGCCGAUUGAGGAUAAGUCGCCUGGUCAAUUGGUAGCCAAGCUCAAGAGACUUGCGUCCCUGGCUAUCUCGACCUUAGAGGAGUUCGGGUUGAGCCCGAACUUGAAGCCGGGCAAGACAUCGGCAAUUCUCAGUUUGGUUGGAAAAGGGGCUAUGGCAGCCCGUCGGGCUGCAACGAUCCAAGGUCGACCAGCCAUCCUCCUAGAGGACCUGGCCAUUGAGCUGCCGAUCGUCCCGCAGUAUGUCCAUCUUGGGGCGGUCAUCGACAACAAGUUAACCCUGAAAGGUGAAAGCCGUCAUCGCCUCGCCCUCCUUGGCUCGGCCUACGAUCAGGGUAAGAGGCUUGUUUUUCAGAACAAGACCAUCCCCUUGGCGAUACGGGCUUCCCUCUUUGAGACUGGUGUUCGGUCCACUCUGUUCAACCUGUCUAUUUGGAUGCCGGAGGGCGAAGCCUGGAGCAAGCUCAGUGGAGGUUAUUCCCGAUGCCUAAGGCGUUUGCUUUCCACGCACUACAAGGGAGCCGACCUCUUCAAGAUCCCGCUCCCCAUGGUGCAUGUCCUCACUGACAGUUGGAGUCUAGACCUUGUUGCAAUGCGGAGCCGAUUGGGCCUAUUGGCUGCUUUGGUGACAAAUGGUCCAGAUAUCCUUUGGGCAGUUUUACAACAGGAGCAGAGGUGGAUGUCUCAACUCCAGAUUGAUCUGCGGCGACUACGGACUUUCGACAGCGAAUGCUCGGGGCCAGACACAAGCAGGCAAAUGAUUGGUCCUGCAGAAUGUGCAGCCUGCGCUUUCGAUCCAAAGGUGGGCUUGGAGCCCACCUCUUCAAGGCGAGAUUGGCUGUGCAUCUUCGGGAUACCCCGUGGUGCAGCAACUCACUGCGAAGCCAGGGCCUCUUUGCCCCACAACCUAGGUGAUGGAUCACAUCACCGAUGGAGUGAUGAGGCUGCCAGUGCCUACAGGGCAAUUUGUGGUGAGCUCUUUGAGGCUCAUUCGUGGUCCGAUGCAGAUGGGCUUGUGAGAGCCAUCGUUGGUGUACUGUCGAGCGUUCCAUUGUAUGCCAGCGAGGAGUGUGACGUCUGCGACUACAUUGCUGGAGAGGUCCGGGAAUUACGAGGCUUGGACCCACAGCUCCUAUGGGAUGAGAUGUCCACUGAGAUUGUUUUGCAAGCUCUGGAAACCACGCCUUUGUCCCCGAGGGCGGCGAUUUCUGAGUGCUGUGAGCGAAGCAACACGCUGCAAGAUUUCAAGGCGGAGAUUGCGGCGAUCCAGUGGGAGCAGAUUGUUCGAGGUUGUUCGUUUGAUCGCGAGACCCCUGAAGCAACACCUGAAAUCCUGGAGAUCUCUUGGGAAGACGGAGGCGAUUUCUCCAGUGGUGUAGUUGAGGUAAUGAUUCGAAACAUUCCUACGGAAUACACACAGGAUGAACUGAUCAUGGAAGUGAGCGAGGUCAUGGGAUCGCCUCACUUCUUUGACUUCUUCUAUUUGCCAUGGGAUACGCAAAAUGACUGCAACAUCGGUUAUGUUUUCGUCAACUUUCCAGACCCGGCAGCAGCCCAGAACGCUGUUCGAGCUUUUUCCAAUUAUCAUUUCCGUCUUCACGACAGCAAAAAGGUUGGCAAAGUAUCGCCAGCGCACAUCCAGGGCCUCGAGAACAAUCUCAGGCACCUCCAGGAUCGAGCUGUCGUGCUGGGCAACCAUCCUUGCAGCCCCAUAGUAAUGUGGAAGGGACAGAAGGUGGAACUGAGCCUCAUAUUUCAAGAGCUCAGGACCCAGGACACCUUGAGAAAGUUUGAGAGUGGCCACAACUCCUCUCCUGGCCACAUCCAGGCACAGAGCGACCUCGCCCAGGCCGCAGCCGAAGCCUUGAAGGCCCCAGCACCGGCGAAUGUCGGCGAGACUUUCGCUGCCCUGCUGGACCGUGCGGCGGGACUUUCUCGAUCGCAAGGUGCAGCGAUGAAUCCUGGCUUGGUGAUGCCCUACAUGCAGCGGGCAGCUCAGGGAAUGCAACAAGGUGGUCAGGGCAUUUUGUCACCACCUGGAUCCGUUGGGUCGAACUACAGCAUGGCCAGUAUGGUGACUGGAGGUGCAUCACCUGCUGCCGCAGCAUACAAUCGCAUGAUGGCUGGAGCUCAAGGCUACAGCCAGCCCGGCCUGGGCCAGGCGAAUCUUUUGCAGUCGGCGGUGCCUUGCCAGAGGCCACCUAACUCCGACAAGGGGGUCUCCAUGGGCCCACCGCUUGGCCAGUUCUUUGCAAGGAAGCCAGAGCAGCUCACUGCUCCAAGUCCGAGCUCCUUGAAUGCCUCAGCUACGCCCUGGCCAUCACCACAGGAGCUGGCUGCCAUCGGACUUGUGGCAGAUCCAAAUCUGUGCGCCUGA